UCCGUUCAUUCCUAUCAGAUCUAACUAAUCAACUCUUUUCGUCACUACUCAUCCCUCUUCCGCCCACUACCUUCACUUAGUAUUGGGCGCUUCGCUACAUUUAUCGGUUCGAAACCCAUCUCAACUGUCUGCAAAAUCAACAACAUCAUUCUGUUACCAUGGCGGAAAAUCCGAGCCCCAAGAUCCCUGAAGGUCAAGCUUCUGUUUUCGGUGGUCUUUCUCAAAGUCUUUCAUUCCAUUCCUCCCCCGAAGACUUCAUCGCAUCCCGCAUUCAAGUCGUGGAUCAAGCUCAUCGAGCUGGCCCAGCUGUCAUUCGCGCGAAGAUUCUGAAUAGAGACGUUGCCAUAAUUUCUUCCCACAGGCUGUGCGAAGGUGUUUUGCGAGAUGGAAAUCCAGAUGAUCCAGUAAUCACAACCCAAGGGAGGAUUCCACAUCGAAACACCUUUACUGCGGGGUCGGCGUAUCGACAACUCAUGGCUGACUUCUUUCCCCCCCCUAAUCUACUCCUAAUGGACUAUGACGACCACUCAGUCAAGCGAGAAUCCUGGGAAAAACAUCUCUCAUCAUUUCACUCGGAUGUUACUCCAACAAUACACGACAUUACAAACGACCACAUCUCCAGUUGGACCAACAGCAGUCCAAUUGAUUUGCAUCUUUCUCCAGCUUCAGCCAACAGACGAAUUGUACCCAACUAUUCAAUCGCUUCAGGAAACGCUACUACGAGGCCAGUUCUCACUACUCCCGAUAGCCCUUCGAACUCCGUUCUGGCACUCCCCGCGUGCAAAAGGUCUCGAAGCACGCCAGAAGCUCCAGGCCCUACUCAAGGACCACAUCGUCACACAGAGCACAGAAUGUCCGUUUUCAAAGCCAGGAGAUAUCUCAAAAGACGAGUUAGCCACGCACAGUCUUCUUUUUACCAGUUCACUUUCCGUCAAGGCGCUGGCAUCGCUUCUCACCGCAACCAUUUUAAACUUGUUCAUUAUGCCCGCCAGCCGCCCUCCCGCAUCCCAGCCGGAUGGGACGCGUGGUUGUAUUUCAGCGGCGCCGCUCGAGAUAGGACGGUUUAUCCGGAGCCUGAUACCUUCAUUCCGGAGCGAUAUCUUGAGCCCGACAUGACCAAACCGGGAUUUGCAUUCGGACAUGGGGCCAAGACUUGUCUAGGCAAACCCCUCGUUCAGCAGAUUGUUAUGACGGUGGCCCAGGCGAUUUUGCAAUCAAACAUCCACCUUGAUGGGAAUGUUCAUGCCGCAGGCGUUCGAGGGUGGCUAGGUUGGGAGUCUGGAGUCAGUGCGGAUGCUUUCGCGAGGGAUUUGAAACAAUUACCUUGCCAGAGGCCAAAGGAUCCGAUUCAUAUUCAUGUACGUACAAGAUACCGUCUACCAAAGUUUCUAAUACCCAGAAGCAGCCAUAUUGUAUUUGUGAUGCCUAUUGCACCUGUGCCAAACUGGCAUGACCGGUGA